AUGUUUUUAUUCAAAAAGAAAAAGAUCACAUCAGAUACUUGGAAAGACCCUGGGACAAAGACUGAAUUCCACUUCGACGAGAAUGGUAUCCUAGUGGACCCUGAAGGUAAGAAACUUAUAGGGAAUUACAAAGGAUUUAAGAUUGAUGAUGACUUUUCUGACUGGCUUCAUGCAUAUGUAGAACGUAGAAUGACCGAAGAAGGCUUGCAAUCUAUGCUUGUCCCAGAAAAAGGAGGAAGCCCCAUAUGGUUCACUCCCAAUGCUUUUAAAUCUCCAAAAAAGCUUUUAGUUGUCAUUUGCGGUAGCGGAAGAAUCCAUGCCGGCAUAUUGAGUGUUGGUGUUUGUGCAUAUCAUGGCCUAAAAAUGGGUUCUGCCCUUCCAUGGAUUAAAUUUGCAAAAGAACAUCAAAUGGAAGUAGCUAUCCUUAAUCCAAACCAUGAAGGUGCUAAGAAGAUUAAAGAACCAUAUGCAACAACUCACAAUUCUGUUCGUCACUCACUCUAUGUUUUCCAGAAAUUGAUUAUUCCGAACAGUCCUGAAAAAUGCUUCAUUUUGGCUCAUUCUGCAGGUGGACUGAGUGUUUGCGCACUUGCUGAUAACUUCCAGGACUGGUAUGUUAAUACUAUAAAAUUCACUGCUCUGACUGAUGCUCUUGAAGAUCAAGUUUCAGAUAAAACAGGAAACACAAAGAAAUAUCUCACUGAAAGGAUGGUAAACUGGACAAGAUCUGACCAGGAACUUAACAAAGUAUUAGGAAAGUCAAGCUUAUGCUUCCACAGAUCAGCAAAUACAACUGAUCAUCCUCUCACUACAGGAAUCGCUAUGCCUUUCAUCUUCGAAGAGUUCAAUAAAUAUGAUUGUGAAUAA